GACACAGCGUUUUUAUAGGAAUUUAUUAUAAAAACAUUACAAUGUCAGCAAAAUUUUUAAGCAAUUUUAAGCUUAAAAUUAGACAAAAUUAAAAUUUUAUACUAAUUAUCAAAAUAGUUACAUAUAGAUAUUAAACAAAAAUUUUUAGGUUGGCCAAAAUCGUAAAGUUGCACAUAAAUGUAUAUUACCUAUGUCAACAACCUUAUUAGUAGCUCUAAUAAUUAAACCUAGAGCUACUAAUUUAUAACAAUUUUUGUAGAAAUUUUAUGUUGGUAGGUAGGUCUAGGAAUAAUUCUAUAGAAAUAAUUGAAAUGUUUUCAUAAAAACACAUAUAAGGACAUAACUUGUUAGUUUUGUAAUAAAAAAAAGGUAGAAAUGUUGAAAUAUUUUAGAAUACCUAAUUUAGCACCGCAUAUAUUGAGACAAAGAGUUAUGACUGUAAGAAAAUCUUUUUCUGACAUGAAAUCCAUAAAGGUAACUCUUGACUAUAGGCCACCUCAAUUCUCAAACCGAAACUGAAAAUGCUUGACGACAAACUGAAACAAUUUGUUUUGCCAAACACUCAACCAAUCGCUGAUUUAAGUUGUAAAGACGCAUUUCUUAAUUUAACAGCGAAAGAAAAGUUAUACGCACAUUAUUUUUCAAAAGCCUCAUGGUAUGGUGGAUUAAUUGCUUUAAUUCAGUGUAGUCCUGAAUCACCAGCUAUAUUUGCUUUACUUCACAAAAUAUUUAAAAAUGAAUCAUUGAGUGAUUUAAAGGAAAAAGCAGUAAAUUCAGGGUCUAUUUCCGACGAUGAAUUCACAGCUUUUUUGGUGUAUGCUUGCGGGUUUUUUGCGAAUUCUGGAAAUUACAAAGGUUUUGGUGACAGUAAAAUUAUACCGAAUUUACCAAAAGACAAAUUUCAAAAAAUUCUUGAGAAUUCCAAGGUUUACAAUGAAGACCUACAACUUCAGAAAGUUGCAAAGCAAAUUUUAGAACAAAUUUUUGAACUGAAUGACAAUAAUGAAACUUUAGGUUUUUCUCCCAACGGUGUUACAACAUAUUGGUCUUCAAAUUGUACUAAAAAUGAUUCAGAAAUAGUUACUGAGUGGAUGACAUCCCGACAAAUAGAAGCUUACAUGAGCAGAACUUUUAAAACAAUUGAAAAUGAAAAACAAGUUUACAAUAUUAGAAUAGCUUCCGUUGAAAAGGGUACGAAGGAUGGCAUUACGAAACCAGAAGAAGAAUUCAAAAAAAACAUCUUUCGUGUAACCCGAGGUGAUUAUUCGAAAUUAUUAGCUAAAUGCGUUGAAAAUCUUAAAUUAGCUAAGCAAUAUGCUGCCAAUGAAAAUCAAAACCUUAUGAUUGAACAUUACAUUAAAUGUUUUACUGAAGGCAGUCUUCCAGAUCAUAAAGAAGGUUCACGAUUUUGGAUUAAAGAUAAAGGUCCAGUCAUUGAAACUUAUAUAGGUUUUAUUGAAACUUAUCGUGAUCCAGCUGGCGCGAGGGCAGAAUUUGAAGGAUUCGUAGCUAUGGUCAACAAAGAAAUGUCAUCUAAAUUUGGAAAACUAGUAACCUUAGCUGAAGAGUUUUUAAAACACUUACCAUGGAAUGAAGAUUUUGAAAAAGACUCUUAUUUGAAACCAGAUUUCACUUCUCUAGAUGUUUUAACUUUUGCAGGCAGCGGAGUUCCUGCUGGAAUAAAUAUACCAAAUUAUGACGAAAUAAGACAAGAUGAAGGAUUUAAAAAUGUUUCCUUAGGAAAUGUUUUGUCAAAUAUAAAUAAAAAGGACCCAAUACCAUUUUUAUCAGAAGAAGAUCAAGCACUGGUAAAGGAGUACAAAGUAAAAUCAUUUGAGGUUCAAGUAGGUUUGCAUGAGCUUUUAGGUCAUGGUAGUGGCAAAUUAUUCCGAGUUGAUGAAGAUGGAAAAUUUAAUUUUGAUAUAGAACAUGUAAAGAACCCGUUAAACGGGGAGAAAAUCACUAAUUGGUAUGUACCGGGAGAAACAUAUGACACAAAAUUUGGAUCGAUGGGUUCAUCCUACGAAGAAUGCCGCGCGGAAGCAGUUGGUUUAUAUUUAAGUCUUCAAAAAGAUGUUCUUAAAAUUUUCGGUUUUGAAAGCGAAGAGGAGCAAGAAAAGAUCAUAUACACAAACUGGAUGAACUUAAUAUGGAAUGGUGUAGGUGUAGCUUUAGAAAUGUACAACCCGCAGACGAAACUGUGGAUGCAAGCUCAUAGUCAGGCACGUUAUGUUAUUAUGAAAGUAUUAGUUGAAGCUGGUCAAGAUUUUAUAACGAUUAUAGAAACUGAAGAGGGCAAAAACUUACUUCUUACUAUCGACAGAACUAAAAUUAAUACAGUAGGCAAGAAAGCAAUUUACCAAUUUUUGUUAAAACUUCAAGUGUUCAAGUCAACAGCUGACAUUGCUGCAGCAAAGAAAAUGUAUGAUUACUAUUCAGAAGUGAACGAUUCGGGACCAUAUCCAUGGGCCAAAUGGCGUAAUAUUAUACUAUUGCAUAAAAAACCUCGUAUUAUAUUAGUACAAGCUAAUACUGAAAUAAAUGGUGAAAAUGUAGACUUAAUUACGUAUGACGCAAGCCAUCAAGGUUAUAUUAAGUCCUGGGUAGAUAGAUUUCCAAAUUCAGACAUUGAUGAUGUUUUAUUGGACAUAUGGGAAGAAAAUAAGAAAUUUUUUUAAGAUAAGAAUAAAAAUUUUAUAUGCAUACCAUUUACAAAAAGUAAUAAAAUCAGUUAUAUCGGAUUUGUGAUUUUUCCAUUACAUGUAUAUAAUUGAAAUAAAUAUGUUAAGAGUUUUAUAAUUAAAUCAUUUUAAAAUUUUGUUGAUUAAA